AUGGCCUCCAAGGCAGUUGCGAAGGCUGCGACAGCUGCGGCAGGCGGAGUUGUGGAGAUCUCCAAGAAACACACCCUCCAGUCCACCGGCAUCUGGGAACGCAUCCGCCGCUCCCUCUCCAUCGACCCCAACCGCUCCACCGGCGUGCCCUUGAACCCGACCUUCCGCAACCCGGCGCCCGGCGCCCGCGACCCCCUCACCUACGACGACCCCGUCACCGUCCCCGCGGGCGACAUCGCCGACAACCCGUACUGGAAGCGCGACGCCCGCCGCAACUACCCGGCCCUGAGCGUCGUCAACCAGGCCGACGUCGUCAGCCUGCUGUCCGUCGGCUCCGCCGCGAACCCCCGCGUCGAGCUCAUCGGCGAGGCCGGCGAGAAGGCCCUCGUCGCCGCACAGGCGGAGGCCAAGGCCUCGGGCCUGGCGCCCUACCUCGAGAAGAACGCCGCCCGGGCCGUCGAGGCGAGCAAGGAGACGCUCUUCACCAACGGGCUUCCCCCCACGCCCAGCGGACACGACUUGAAGAGCGGGAAGUGGGAUGUGCACAAGUACAAGGUCAACGAGGACCAGUCUUACGGCGACGGGUGA